UUCGAUGACGCGGCCAACCCGGUUCUGCCAAUACAAGCCACGCCGCGUCAAGCUCCCGAGCUGCAAGGGCCAAGCUAGCCGCCGCGCCGAGCCAUGCCAGCUCUCGAUCGCUCGAGCAAAAUUCAGUCCAUUCAUACACUUCGAUGCAAUCAUGGCGGAUGCUAGCGGGGACCAAGCGACGAGGCUUUACUAUCCAAACCAAGAACUGCAGAAAAAUGCACACGUGAAGUCGAUCGAAGAGUACAAGAAACUCUAUAACCAAUCCAUAAAUGAACCUGAGGUGUUUUGGAGUAAGAUAGCUGAGCAAUUUUACUUCAAAACUCCGCCGACCGAAGGCAAGCUUUUGGAGUAUAAUUUCAACGUGAACAACGGGCCGGUGUACAUCAAGUGGUUCCAGGGUGCAACUACUAAUGUCUGCUACAAUGUUCUUGAUCGACAUGUGGAGAAUGGCCUUGGUGAUCGCAUUGCGUUCUAUUGGGAAGGCAAUGAUCCCGAUGACAGUUCAAAGAUCACCUAUGGUCAACUCCUUAAAGAUGUCUGCAAGUUUGCCAAUGUCCUCAAACAACAUGGUGUAAAGAAAGGAGAUCGUGUAGCAAUCUACAUGCCGAUGAUAUUUGAGCUAGUGGUUGCCAUGUUGGCUUGUGCUCGUAUUGGAGCAAUGCAUUCUAUCGUGUUUGGAGGUUUUUCAUCGGACUCUCUUGCUGGUCGAAUGUUGGAUGCUAAAUCAUCUGUUCUUGUCACUGCAGAUGGUGUAUACAGAGGAACCAAACUAGUCAAUCUGAAGCAGAUAUCAGAUGAUGCAGUCAAAAUCUGCAAGAAACAGGAUUUUGUCGUAGAGAAAGUCUUUGUAGUGCGUCAUCUAGGAUCAGCUGAUAUUUCAAAUAAUGGUGAUAGGUCAUCACCGGUAGCUAAACGUCCAUGCUACUCACUCACGACUGAGUACCAUGAAGGACGUGAUUUAUGGUGGCAUGAUGUGAUGGAAGGAGCCAGUGAUAAAUGUGAACCAGUUUGGCUGGAGGUAGAGGAACCACUGUUCAUGUUAUACACAAGCGGUUCCACCGGUACCCCUAAAGGAGUGGUCCAUACCCAGAUCGGCUACCUACUCUAUGCUGCUACAACCUUCAAGUAUUCAUUUGAUCACCACAAGGAAGACAUCUAUUGGUGCACUGCUGAUAUCGGUUGGAUAACGGGUCAUUCCUACGUAUGCUACGGACCCAUGGCCAAUGCAGCUACCAGCGUGAUGUAUGAAGGAGCACCUCUUUACCCGGAUGAGUCCCGGUGUUGGCAGAUCGUAGAUAAAUACAACGUGACAAUCUUAUACACAGCACCUACACUCAUACGAACUCUCAUGAAAUAUGGCGAAGCACCUGUUAAAAAGUACAGUCGUAAGUCACUACGUGUCCUUGCAACGGUAGGCGAACCCAUUAAUCCAGAGGCUUGGCUCUUCUAUUACAACGUCAUAGGGGACGGGAGGUGCUCUAUAUCAGAUACAUUCUGGCAGACAGAAACGGGAGGUCACACAUUAACCCCUCUCCCAGGAGCUACCCCAAUGAAACCAGGUUCAGCAACAUUCCCAUUCUUUGGUAUCGCCCCUGCUGUAGUGAAUGAGCAGGGUGAAGAGCUAGAAGGAGUAUGUGAAGGAUACCUCGUAUUCAAGCAACCUUGGCCUGGCGUUAUGCGUACUGUGUAUGGUGAUCAUGAACGCUAUGAGAGGACGUACUUCAGGCAGUUCCCUGGUUACUACAAGACUGGCGAUGGUUGCAAACGAGAUGAGGAUGGAUAUUUCUGGAUCACCGGUCGUAUAGAUGACAUGUUCAAUGUAUCGGGACACUUAUUAAGUACUGCUGAGAUAGAAUCUGCGAUAAUAGAGCAUUCGAAAGUAGCGGAAGCAGCCGCGGUAGCUUACCCACACCCAACCAAAGGAGAGGCUUGCUACUGCUUUGUUACUCUUGUUGAAGGUGCAGAAUUUGAUAAUGCUCUUAUACUGGAACUCAAAAAGCUAGUUCGAACCAAGAUAGGUCCUUUUGCAGCUCCCGAAGUAGUGCACAAUGCUCCCGGCCUUCCCAAGACACGCUCAGGUAAAAUCAUGCGACGAAUCCUUCGUAAGAUCGCCGUCAACGACCACGACCUCGGGGACGUCUCAACCAUGGCAGACUCUACGGUCGUUGACAUCCUCUUCAAGAACCGUCCUCAAGAACUUCUAGGUUAAAUCUUACACAACUCAAUAAGGCUGAAACAAAGUCUUGCAAUGUUCAUUUUUAUCUUUCUGGGAUCCGUAACAUAAGAGAUUUGCAAUCAAUCGCUUCAUCAAAACGCCAAUUACCAAUCAAGAUCAUUGUUGCAUGAGCAAUUUGUUCAAACAACUGACCAGGGACCAAUCAGAGUGGUUCUUACAUUUUUGCAAUUCAUGGCAAACCUUAUGUUGCUGGGCCCAGACUAAUUUCUGUUUUGUAUUCUCAUAUUAUCAACAUCUUCUUUCUUCUUUGUCUCAUCUUUCAUCUUGAUACAUGCCGUUCUCUCUUAAUAUAGAAAAAUAUAUAUUUUGUAAAAGAAGAUCAAAAAUUAUUCCAGGUCUGAUAUCAUGAUGUAGAAAAGUGUGCAUAGUACAAAAGAUAAUUUUUAGUACUCGGCUGGAAGCAGUACCCAUUGUGAUCACUGUCACUAUAUGUAGCUAGCUCCCUUCUCUGGACUGAUCAACAUUCCACAAGAAAAAAGCAAUGAUGACUAUUAAUACACCGCAUAGCUGCUCUUAUCAUUAAUGAUCUCUGCCAAACACCAUCAAUUAAUGUCCUACGUAUUCAAAAUUAUGUUUAUUAUCUGGAAUAACUGAUAUAUUUUACCAUUGGAUGUUAUUAUUAUUAGCACGUAAAUACCACUUCUUAUAGUGGGAAUUUAUACUUUCCAUCGUAUUUUUGGCCAUAGAAAACACAUAGUUUGUGUACAAUCAGAUCUGUACAUGUUUAAUUCUUCUCAGUUAGUGGUGUCCUUGUUAGAAUUAGUAUGCUAGGCCCAUUUUAAAGAGGUUUUCAGAUUUAAAUCAUUAAAUAACUUCAAUGAAAUAUAUAUUUUGAUUGGCUGAUGUGAUACUAUUGUGGCAAUUGUUAGUGAAUGACAAGCACUAUCAAACUGGCCCAGUUGUUUCUCUUUUACUUUAUCCCACCACUUUUUGACCCUUGCCCUUUUACUUGUACAAACCACUCUUGUUAUUAACAUUUAUUCAGCUGAUAUAACUGUAUGCCAAAGGACCCUUUGUGGAUCAUAGAUUAUUGAGUCUUUCAGAAGUGGAAACUUAAUUUGCGGAUAGCCAAAUAGGCUUAAGAUCGCUCUUAAAUCCCUUCUAAUAAUCACAUUCAGAAUAUGUUUCCAUAGUUGUUUGUUUUUAUACAGAAAACCGUCUUUGUUACUUUGUUACAUAUAAGCUGAAUAAGGGAAUUUGAAAACAUGUCUGUAAAUUUGUGGAAAGGAUCAUUCAUGACUAAUGACUUAGAAAUAGAUUUUGAUGAAAAUUGAUUUGUGGUGUAAAAAUUAUUUACUUUUGUUUAUUCAGUGAAUUUUAACUCAUUUUUGUUAUUAAUGUACCCUAUUGCAUUUUAACAUUCACUAUUGUGUAUCAUUCCACCCAAGUAAGAUUAAUUUACUUAUUUUCUGUUAUGUCAUGUUAAACAUGCUAUGAUCAUUCAUAUCCAUCUCAGUAUAUCAUAUCUACAUCACAUCUUUCUAAAAGGAACUCAUAUCUCAAAUAAAUGGCAAACAAAUUGUAUUUUUUUUCAAUAUCUCUACAUGUUUAUUUUUCAUAUCCAUGUAAUGGAUUAAAAAAUGUAAACAUUGUUUUUAGCAUUGAUUUGUUUCGUAUAGUUCGGAUUUAUAGCAGGCGUACUGUGAUGAAAACAACUUUUCAACAUCAUUUAGAUUCACUGAUGAUACCCGUGUGUGGCAGCUCCACUCCCUGGGAAGUAUGUAAGUGCAAUGUUGACACAAAAGGUGUCUUCAUUUUAUGAGACUCUGAUAGCAAUUAUGAGAUUAAUGCUUUGCCAAAGGAGUGCUGACUGCUAUGUCAGGAAUCAACCUUCGGGAUUUUCAUGUCAAAGUGGGAUACAAGAAAAUUUAAUAUUACUUUACAUUUUGUUGUGUUGGUGCAAGAAUGCCCAUAGUAAUGCAAUGCCUUUAUGCAUGCUGCUAAGAGUGUUUUUGUGCUCAUGUGAUGUGCAAAAGUGUGGUGUUAAGGGCAUUCUUGCACCGACACAACGAUUGGUAAUAUGCCCCUGAAGUAUACAUAUAGUCAAAUUGUCGGACAUGAAACUUUUGACAAUCCUCCAUGUGUAGUUGUAAUUUUCAUCUGUAUUCAUGAUUAAAAAUGAGCAAGAUUAUACAGUAUGGCAUAGAAAGAGGAACAAAAAAUGGAUCGUUAUACAAGUUUGAAUCAAAAGAUUAAAAUGUUUCUAUUUACUUUAUGCUUUAUAUUGAAUUGAUAUAUUGAUAUUUUUAAGGUGCCAGAUAUACUUGAAAUAAAAUAUCUGCUUCUUUAACAUUCAAUAUGCAAUCAUUGUAAAUAAGUGCAUGAACAAAUUAGAGGUGAGCGGGUCCAGCCUUAUAUAUGUAUGUUAAAAUGGAAAAGUU